GCGCGUGUGGGUGGACGUGGUUUACUGUGUUACUUUCGCCAAUACAAACUAGCCACAUUACAAAUGGCGGAUAAGAUUUGAGCCACGAGUGCUGUACUUCUCUAGUAAAAAUAGCAUAUUUUAGUUACAAAAUGCCUAUUAAUUGCAGAUUUUACAAACAAAAAUAUCCAGAGAUUGAUGAUGUUGUCAUGGUCAACGUUCGCUCCAUUGCGGAGAUGGGUGCAUAUGUUCACCUGCUGGAGUACAAAAACAUAGAGGGUAUGAUCCUGCUUAGUGAGCUGUCAAGAAGACGUAUUCGUUCCAUCAACAAAUUGAUAAGAGUUGGGAGAUCUGAAUGUGUUGUCGUUAUUCGUGUAGAUAAAGAUAAAGGUUAUAUCGAUCUUUCAAAAAGAAGAGUUUCAGCAGAAGAAGUAAAGAAAUGCGAAGAAAAGUUUACCAGGGGUAAAACGGUGGCUAGCAUAUUACGUCAUGUUGGUGAAAUUUUAAAAUACGAGAGUGACGAUCAGUUGGAAGAAUUAUGUGAAAAAACCGCCUGGCUUUUUGAUGAAAAAUAUAAAAAUACCGGUGGCGCAUAUGAAGCUUUCAAGCACGCUGUAGGGGAUCCGUCCAUUUUAGAGGAAUGCAAUUUAGACGAAAAAACAAAGGAAGUAUUAAUAGCCAAUAUAAACCGACGUAUGAUGCCACAGGCCGUAAAAGUGCGUAGUGAUAUUGAGGUGUCUUGUUAUAGUUAUGAAGGUAUCGACGCCGUCAAGGAAGCCUUGCGACAGGGUUUAAAAUUUACAACAGAAGAUUUACCCAUAAAGAUCAAUUUAAUCGCACCGCCACUUUACGUCAUUACAACCACGACGUUAGAAAGAGAGUUGGCGCUAGAUACACUAACGAAAGCUAAUGCGGCUAUCAAAGAGUCGAUAGAGAAAAGUAAAGGGAAUUUCGUUGUUAAAAUGGAGCCCAAAGUUGUUACUGAUACUGAUGAGGCUGAAUUGACGAAAGAAUUAGAACGGUUGGAGCAAAUGAACGCAGAAGUUGAUGGAGACGAUUCUCAUGAUGAAGAUGAAGAAGAAGGCUCAGAAGAAGAAGAAGCCUCUGCCGAAACUUAACUGGGUCACUAUUGCGUGGUUUAUAUAUGAACUACCACCUGAUUUUUUAUGCUGUUAAUACAGAGACACGUGACCUGUAAAAUAUCUGGUCAAAUAAAAUCUUACCUGUUA